AUAAUGUUUCUAGAUCUAAUGAUCUUUUCCAACCCAUUGUGUGCUUUGAAAAGUAUUGCUGCAAGAGCUUGAGGAUGCCUCGAGAGAUCAUCACAAUACAGCUGGGACAAUGUGGGAACCAGAUUGGAAUGGAGUUCUGGAAGCAGCUGUGUGCUGAGCAUGCCAUCAGUCCAGAGGGUAUACUCCAGGACUAUGCAGUGGAGGGUAUCGACAGAAAAGAUGUCUUCUUCUAUCAGGCGGACGACGAACACUACAUCCCACGAGCGGUACUGUUGGACCUAGAGCCUCGAGUGAUCCACGGUAUCCUCACCUCCCCCUAUGCUAAACUCUACAAUCAGGAGAACAUCUACACCUCGUCACACGGGGGCGGGGCUGGCAAUAACUGGGCCAGUGGACACUCUCAAGCUGGGCGUCUCCAUGAGGAGAUAUUCGACAUCCUUGAUCGAGAGGCUGAUAACAGUGACAGUCUGGAGGGCUUCGUGCUCUCUCACUCCAUAGCAGGUGGCACUGGGUCCGGGAUGGGAUCUUACCUCCUGGAGCAUCUCAAUGACAGAUACCCGAAGAAGCUCAUUCAAACCUACUCUGUGUUUCCCAACCUGAAUGAGAUCAGUGACGUGGUGGUGCAGCCAUACAACUCCAUACUGACACUGAAGCGACUCACGCUCCACGCAGACUGUGUCGUGGUGUUAGACAAUACUGCCCUCAACAGGAUAGCAGCAGAGAGGCUCAGAAUACCAAACCCUUCACUAUCACAAAUCAACCAACUGGUAUCCACUAUCAUGGCUAGCAGCACAACAACCCUCCGUUACCCUGGUUACAUGAACAACGAUCUGAUUGGUCUGAUAGCCUCGCUGAUCCCCACCCCCAGACUCCACUACCUCAUGACUGGCUACACUCCCAUCACCACUGACACUCAGGCCCCAAGUAUUCGUAAGACUACUGUCCUGGACGUGAUGAGGAGGCUACUACAGCCUAAGAAUGUGAUGGUGUCGGCGCCCAAGGAUCGUCACCACAACCAUUGCUACAUCUCCAUCCUAAACAUCAUCCAAGGAGAAGUGGACCCCACUCAGGUACACAAGAGCUUGCAGAGGAUCAGAGAGAGGAAGCUCGCUCAGUUCAUACCCUGGGGGCCAGCAAGCAUUCAGGUUGCCCUCUCCCGCAAGCCUCCCCACAUCCAGUCAGCUCAUAGGGUCAGCGGACUCAUGCUCGCCAACCACACCAGUAUGGCAUCAUUGUUUGCAGCCAGCUGUGGACAGUUUGACAAGCUGAGGAAGAAAGAAGCUUUUCUCGACCAAUUCAAGAAACAGCCAAUGUUCAGUGAUGACCUAUCAGAGCUUGAUGACUCACGGAGGGUGGUCCAAGAGGUCAUUGACGAGUACAGAGCCUCUACUGAACCAGACUACAUCACCAGGGGAACAUCAAUAGGACUCGGUGGUGCCAAGCCCUGACGCUAUCACUUACAGCAUAUGAACAUUUAUCUGCUAACUCUUGUACAAUUUAAUUAUACUGUUAUAAUUAUUAUACUUAUUAUCGA